AUGCCUUCCUUUAACCCUUUCACCUCAGUAACAGGCCGCCAUGCCUUUACCCUCUUCGAUAUCCGCCUUGAGAGUGACUUUAUCGUCUUCCGCGGCAACGAGCAUGAGUCCUCCGGGCAGAUGCUCCAGGGCGUCGUCGCGGUCUGUGUACCCGGGCCAACCAAGAUCGAGGACAUCCACCUUCGGUUAACAGGCACACAACAUCUCUCAUGGAUCGACUCCAAGAUUACGCCGACAGGCAUCUCAAAUUCCAAGGUCGACAAGUCGACGGUCAUCUACCAGCACAGGUGGCCCUCUUUUAUGGGCACGCCUGGUAAGAGCAUGAUUCUGGAGAAGGGCAACUACGAAUUUCCAUUCGAGGUCCUCCUUCCUGGCGACACCGCCGAGAGUGUCGAAGGCAUGUCUGAAGGGAGCAUCGUCUACCGCCUCAAAGCCACGAUCGCGCGCGGCAAGCUGGCCUACGACAUGCACGCCUACAAGCACAUUCGCGUUGUGCGGACGCUCGAGUCGUCGGCGCUCGAGUUCCUGCACGCCAUGAGCGUCGAAAACAUCUGGCCCAACAAGGUCGAGUAUUCCAUCAUUGUGCCGCAAAAGGCCAUUGUCUUUGGCAGUGCCGUUCCGCUCGAGACGAGAUUCAGCCCUUUGCUCAAGGGCUUGGAAAUCGGCGAUAUCACGAUCAAGCUGCUGGAGAUCCACGAGAUAUUCUUGCAAGGCAACCACGGGCACCAUCUCAAGGAGCACAAGAAGGAGAGGGAGGUUGCCUCGUGGACCUUGUCGGUCACCAGGGAGGAGCAUUGGCACGACAUGAUUGAGGAUACCGGUCAAGAAGGCUGGAUGUUGAACACGCAGUUGGACCUGCCGCGGAAGCUGGGCAAGUGCAUGCAGGAUGCCAAUGUUCACGGCAUCAAGAUCCGGCACAAGCUCAAGAUGGUUGUAUCUCUGAAGAACCCCGACGGCCACAUCUCUGAGCUCCGAGCUACGCUACCUAUAACCAUCUUCAUCUCGCCCAAUAUCCCUCUCGAUGAGGAAGGAAACCUUCGAGGGCCCGCACAACAGGCUUCCGCAGACCCCGGACAGGCAAACUCAAUAGCGCCGCCAGGAUAUGGGGAGCAUGUUCUUGAUCAAUUGUACGACGAGGUGGAGAUCGCCGGUCUGCAGACCCCCGGCGUGCAGUCUGGCGUGAGCAGUCCUUUCUACGGCCAGUCGCGCAGCGGAUCGUCAGAGAACCUCGCGGCGAUGCUGAAUAGCAACAGCAUCCCAGUGCCGCCGGCAGCGCUGUCGUCCAGGCUAGAAGGCGUAUCGCAGAGCGUCGGCGGCAAUUCUCUGCACUCCAACACUUCUAUAUCUGGCUCCGGCUUUAACACGCCCUCUGCCCAACAUGUGCACGGCAUUGAGAGUGCCAGCACCUCGCCAGCCCAGUCGGCCCCGCUGUCGCGGCACAACAGCGGAGAAGAAGGUUCCGGGCAGGCCACGCCCGAGCACCUCGACUACCCGGAGAUGUCGGUGCUGUGCAAGGUCCCCAGCUACGCGACGGCCAUCAAGACCACGAGAGUGACACCGCUUGCCGUCUCGGAGCGCGUCCGACUGCCAGACUACCAGACGGUGAUAAGUGCCCCUACGACCCCGACGGCGGCCAGCGCCAGCCUGGCCGACCCGUUGACGCUCAUCCUGGAGGCAUCCAACGAGGACCAUCACGAUGCGUCGGCGCAGGGCCCACAGCGCCCUGCUUCCCUGCCGAGACGGCAGACAUCUCCGCUGACCAUGCUCGGCCACCAUCUUUCGCACGGCGACGCCGAUGAGCGGCAACGCCUUCACCUACUGCGGGCUCGGGAGCGAGUGGCUUAG